UGUCAUAACUGUGCUCUCUCCCUCUCCCUCUCUAUCACCGCCUUUCAGAUCUUUAAAAGCUGCUGCUUGCUGUGUCUCUCUCGUUCUCUGUUUGUAUCCUCUGGCACCGCAGGGGACUCCUAGCUGCCUUCGCAACUGAACAGGCUGAGCACCAGGCAAAAGCUGAAGAGAGAAGGAAGGGAAACACAGAUAAAAAAGGAAGAGAAAGAAAGCAGUGGAAGGAGAGAACGAGGAAGACAGGAAAAGGGAACAUAAUACACCAGAAAUAGCAUCAGCCUUCACAUUUUCGACUUUCAGGGAGGAUAGUAUGGAAAACCCAAGACCAGGGCUCAAGAUGUCUCUGCUCUCGAACCUGACCGCCAUCGUCCUGCUGCUGAUUGCCCAGUGCGGAUCCUGGACUCUGGCCAGCCGCCUAGGCCCCCACAAAGGCUGUCUCUCCUGCAAGGAUCCCCUGGGGUCUGGCAACCGGGCCUCCCGGGACCACGCAGGCACAGCCAGCAGCACAUCUGUCCUGGCCCUUGGGGAGCCCUGCGGCGUGUACACCUUGAUCUGUGCCAAGGGGCUACGCUGUGUGCCCCCACCGCGCGAACACAGCCCCCUCCAGGCUUUACUGCAGGGAAGGGGUUCCUGCGUCAAGCACAGCAGACCCAGUCCCACCGAGAGGCCCCACCCCACAGGUCCCCAUCCAUCACACAGUGGGGAAAUAGACAAAGCUCCCUGUCGCAAGCUGCUUAAUUCUGUGCUGCGAGGCCUUGAGCUGACUAUUUUCCAGUCUGACCGUGACAUCUACAUUCCCAACUGUGAUACUCGUGGUUUCUACAGGAAAAAACAGUGUCGGUCCUCUAUGGGCAUGCAGCGUGGCCAUUGCUGGUGUGUAGACGAGCUGGGAACCGCCCUCUCCAUGCGCCCUGGUGAGGAUGGCACCUUGCCCUGUGAUGGGGAGUGAUACCCUGAGCCCGGAGGACAUGUAGGAAGAGACAGAGGAGGGAAGAGAGGAGGCUGUGGAGAGGGGGUGGCUUUUGCUCCUGCUAGACACUGCCUGGCUAGGAGAAACUAGAGAGAAAUCCCUUGAAAUGGAAAAAGGUUCACUCAAACACCCACCCAUUUGAAGAGGAGAAAGCCCACGCAGCUUACCCCCUGAUCAUGGCCCCAAAGUGGAUGGUCCUUUUUCUCCUUGGGAAAGCUAUUACUGCCUUUGUGUUUGGUUAUUUCUCAUAGACUAAAACUGUUAAGCAAGUGGUUUAUAUGAUGAUAAUGGAGUUGAUACAACAAUAAAACAAACCUCUCUCCCCACCAUCCUCUCUCCCACUCUCAAGAGAUACACUGAUUAGAGUAUAUACACUUAAAAUGAACAAACUUCAUUUAAUUUAUUCUGAAGUACAAUGACAUUUCCAUUCAGAUUUGCAUUUAUUUGACUUCUACAUGUUAUCAUAUAAUCAAGAUGUAAAGAUGCUCGUAUAUGUACACAUCAUUUGGGUUGCAUUCUGACUGCUACAACAGUGGAUUGUUUGUACAUAAGUAUGGUUUUGUGGUUGACUGUGUAUUUGAACUGGCAAGUACAAGAUUGCUAACGGCAGUUACCCUCUCUGAGAUGUUAGGCAUAUUUUUAUACACUUCAAUAUAAUAUUUUAUAUAUAUAUAUAUAUAUAUUAAAAAAUUUGGUUUAUUUAAUACACAGUGCCAUGUAUUUUUAUAUUGUCAGCGGUUUUAUUUCCUUGUCAGGACAAAAGCUAUUUUCUUUCAUGUACUGAAAUGUGUUAUGCCCCAAAGGCACACUCAUGGAGCAGAAACACACAACCACAAUACACACAGAUAUUCAACUGCUGUACAUGUUCCUCUCUGUUAUGUUUCAAACUUCAUUUUAAUGUUAUAUAAUAUGUGUGGACCAUAUAAUAUCAGAAUGUAUUACCAUGUUUGCGUUUGAAAAGUACUGUUUUAAUGAAGUUUCUUUAGUGUUGCUAUCAAUCAUUCCCGAAUAAAUAAAGUAAAAAAAAAAGUGCUCAAAAAGUGUGAACAUUUUUCACACUGAUCAACGUGGUAUCUGUAUUGAUGACAAGGUCAUGUAAAAGCUUGUCAAGGAUUUACAAAAUUAGCCACCACUUAAAGAUAGACGAAAGGGAAAAAAUAAAUGCAUAAAUUGCUAAAUUUCAAAAA